GCUAUGAAAAAACUUGCUAAACUCCAAAAGAAAACUGAUGCUAUAGUCGAUUCUUCCGACAUGACUGAGAAAGAAAAAGUUAAUACAAUUUCAAAAAUGCUGAGUAAGACGCAAAAUAAGACCAAAAAAGAAGUGAAACUGGUUGUUGCUAAAGGCCCUAUUAAAGGUAAAAAAGGCCGUCCAAAGGGUGUUAAAGGAAGAUACAAGAUGGUGGAUUCACGAAUGAAAAAGGACACUCAGGCAAUGAAAAGGGCCAAUCAGAAAGCUG